AUGAAAACAGUGGAGGUUCCCUUGGGUGACAGAUCCUAUCCCAUCUACAUUGGUCAGGGGUUGUUGGAUCAGGGGGAGCUCUUGCAACGGCAUGUUCCCGGCAAGCGUGUGCUGAUAGUCACGAACGAAACAGUUGCUCCUCUCUACUUGGAAAGGUGCCGUGCAGCCUUGACAAGUGGAGGCAGCGGUCUGCAAGUGGAAGCAGUGAUUCUGCCGGAUGGCGAGCAGUACAAAUCCCUGGAUGUGCUGCAGAAAGUCUGGGACAAAGCCCUGGAAUCCAGGCUGGACCGAAACAGCACAUUCAUUGCUCUUGGGGGCGGAGUAAUCGGAGACAUGACAGGCUUUGCCGCUGCCGCGUAUCAGCGCGGAGUCCACUUCAUUCAGGUGCCGACCACAGUCAUGGCCAUGGUGGACUCGUCAGUGGGAGGAAAGACUGGCGUGAACCACCCUCUUGGGAAGAACAUGAUCGGCGCGUUCUACCAGCCCAAAGUGGUCCUGGUGGAUGUGGACACCCUGAACAGCCUGCCAGACCGCGAACUGGCGUCUGGCAUCUCUGAGAUCAUCAAGUAUGGCCUCAUCAGGGAUCCUGCGCUCUUUGAGUGGCUGGAAGCCAACAUGGAGCGCCUCCUUGCUCGCGAUGCUGAGGCCAUGUCAUAUGCCAUUGAGCGCUCCUGCAUCAACAAGGCGGAGGUGGUGAGUGCGGACGAGAGAGAGGGCGGCGUGCGUGCCACCCUCAACCUGGGACACACCUUUGGCCACGCCAUGGAGGCCUCACAGGGCUAUGGUGUGUGGCUGCAUGGAGAGGCAGUCGCUGCAGGCACAGUCAUGGCUGCCGACAUGUCUCUCAGGCUAGGCUGGAUUGAGCCUUCGGUUGCCAGCAGAGCAACGGACCUGCUGAAAAGAGCAAAACUCCCCACAGAGCCUCCCAAGGGAAUGACACAGGACGACUUCAGAAGCUUCAUGGCUGUGGACAAGAAGGUCCUUGAUGGGGACCUGAGGCUGAUUUUGCUGCGAGGGCCACUGGGCAAUUGUGUCUUCACUGGGAACUAUGACCCAGCUGCACUUGAUGCCACAUUGGACAACGCUGUCCUGUGCUAG